AAAGGUCAUCAAGAGUUCAAGUGAGAAAUUAACUCACACACACACACACACACACACAGAAGAAUGGCUUGAACUUGUCAAGUGUGUGAAGUCCUCCCAUCACAACUGUCCUCAUAAACAAUAGUGUGUGUGUGUGUUCAAACUUAAUCCCACUGUCACAUUUCUUUCUUUAAGUGAACUUUGACCUUUCCUUCUAGUGUUGAAGGGAGUGUCUGAGUUUUACACGACUUCAGAUAUAGUGAAAAAAAUUCUUCCAAAUAUGUGUACAAAUCUUACAAUUAUAUAAUUUAUCAUUUCAAAGUUCAUAUCUGAACAGCUCGUUGUUGUGUUUAAAAUGGCUGCCACUUCUGUGUGGAUUUAAUUUUUCUAUAUAAGAGUUUGGUAAACUGUGCACUAAGACUAGUGUGAUGGAAGCGAGUGAUGACUUUAGCCUGACGUUAGUGUGAUGCAAAAUGGCGGUUAUUUUACUUGUUAGCUGAAGUGGAGAAACCAGUGAAUGUGAACUUCAGACACAUUUUAGGUAAGUUAUUGUGUUUAUAGAACAGGUUUAGAUUAUAGAUACGUCAUGCUUAUGUGAGCUACUGAUUUUCUUAUCAUCCACUGGACAUUUGUGACGUCUGACUUGGUGCUAUAUUAAGUGAAUAUAUAACACACCGUUGUGUGUGAUGUUGAUGUUCAACAUGGCUGAGGUGUGAGAGGAAGUGGAUGAGCAGGAGUGUGGGAAACUUCUUAGUAAGAAGUGCUGAAAAGAGGAAAAAAAGCAUGUGUGCACAUGAAAAUCCAAAAGCAGUGAAGAAAAAGCUUUCAACCACACACACUACACCCACUUCCUGUCAGUUGUUCACUUCCUGUUCGCAGCCCAAACCAUCUACACCAUGAACAACAAACAGAGCACAUUCCCUGACAUUCAUGUUCAUAAACAUGUCCACUGUUCAUGAUGUUUAAUGAAGGAGUUCCUCUUUUACACCAUCAUCAACUGGACAAAAUGUAAUACCUAAUUUGCAUAUUUAUACAUAUUUAUACAUGUUCUAAUUACAAUAUUAUUAUUUUAUUGAUGUUUCUUUUUUUUUAUUUACACUCGGUACAACGUUUCAUUUGUUAACCCUAAGUUAAAGUCAGUUCAUAAAGGAUGUGUGUGUGUGUGUGUGUGUGUGUGUGUGUGUGUGUGUGUUUUCCUGCAUGACGAGUGUGUGUAGUUUUGAGAUGGUCCCUAUCCUGUAGACCAUAUAGGGCUGUGGAACAGUGGACUAUAAAUGGUGCAGCUGUUUUCUAAGUCAACGCACACAAACUGCUGAGCACACCGACCGAACACACUCAGGAUGUCCAUCACUAAGAUUCAGGCCCGUGAGAUUCUCGACUCCAGAGGAAACCCCACUGUGGAGGUCGACCUUUACACAGCCAAAGGUCUCUUUAGAGCUGCUGUUCCCAGCGGAGCCUCCACUGGUGUUCAUGAGGCUUUGGAGCUCCGAGAUGGAGACAAGACCCGCUACCUGGGCAAAGGCACUCAGAAGGCUGUAGAUCUUGUCAAUAAGGACAUCGGUCCGAAACUGAUCGAGAAGAAAUUCAGUGUGGUCGAGCAGGAGAAGAUUGAUAAGUUCAUGCUGGAGCUUGAUGGAACUGAGAACAAAUCUAAGUUUGGUGCUAAUGCGAUCCUCGGUGUGUCUCUGGCGGUGUGUAAGGCGGGAUCAGCGGAGAAAGGAGUUCCACUUUACAGACACAUCGCCGACCUCGCAGGAAACAAGAACGUCAUCCUGCCUGUACCUGCGUUUAAUGUGAUUAACGGAGGUUCUCAUGCUGGGAACAAGCUGGCCAUGCAGGAGUUCAUGAUCCUGCCAGUGGGAGCGAAGAGUUUCAGCGAGGCGAUGCGAGUUGGUGCUGAAGUUUAUCACAACCUGAAAAACGUAAUUAAAGCCAAAUACGGAAAAGAUGCUACCAACGUGGGGGAUGAGGGGGGGUUCGCCCCUAACAUCCUGGAGAAUAACGAGGCAUUGGAGCUGUUAAAGUCUGCUAUACAGAAGGCAGGUUAUCCGGAUCAGAUCAUCAUCGGGAUGGAUGUUGCAGCGUCAGAGUUCCACAAAGCGGGAAAAUACGAUCUGGACUUUAAAUCUCCUGACGAUCCAAAACGCUACAUCACAGGGACGGAACUGGGAGACCUGUACAAGAGCUUCAUCAGGAACUACCCAGUGAUGUCCAUCGAGGACCCAUUCGAUCAAGAUGACUGGCAGAACUGGACGGAGUUCACCGCUUCAGUGGACAUCCAGGUUGUAGGAGACGACCUGACGGUGACGAACCCCAAACGCAUCCAACAGGCUGUGGAGAAAAAAGCAUGCAACUGUCUGCUGCUCAAAGUCAAUCAGAUCGGCUCAGUGACCGAGUCUAUACAGGCUUGUAAGCUUGCGCAGUCCAACGGCUGGGGUGUGAUGGUGAGUCAUCGCUCUGGUGAGACUGAGGACACGUUCAUUGCUGACCUCGUUGUCGGGUUGUGCACUGGACAGAUUAAGACUGGCGCCCCCUGCAGGUCAGAACGCUUGGCCAAGUACAACCAGCUUCUGAGAAUCGAGGAGGAGCUUGGAGACAACGCCAAGUAUGCUGGCCGAGACUUCCGUCAUCCCAAAGUGAAUUAAUCUGGGGACUUACAUGCUCAUAAUAACAACACACACACACACACACACACACACACACACACACACAUUCUGACUGAGACUGUAUCGGUCCCUGAUAAAUAAAAAAAAACAUCACUGUCAUGAAAUUUGUUUCAUAUUUUUAAAUAAAAAAUAAGCAGUGACUAUC